UCUUCCCAGCUGCUCUCCACCAUCCACUGCCCUCAUGUCUACCAUACUCCUGAAUUUGGAUUUUGGGGAACCUCCAAAAAAGACAUUUGAAGGAAAUGCCAAACAUCAAAGUUUUGUCAAGAAGCGGCGCCUCUUGGAAAAGAAAGGGUUUCUGAAAAAAAAGAAUCAACCCCCUGCCAAAGUGUCUAAGUUGCACUCAGAACCUCUAAAGAAAGGGGAAACUCCCAGAGUGGAUGGAGCUCGGAAGAAUCUUCCAUGCCCAAAGAAGAAGGUGGCUGCCUCCAGUAGAGGGUCAGAGCAGUCCCCAGACAAGAGAACAACAGUGUCUUGGCUGACUCCUGCCCCUUCAAAGAAGACUGAUUCUGUUGUGGCUAAAAUUGAUUUGCUAGGAGAGUUUCAGAGUGCCCUCCCAAAGAUUAAAAGCCACAAGAAGAAGGGCCCUAAGAAGAAACGCUCUCAGAAGAAUGCUACACAGACUUCCAUGCAAGCUCAGGCAGAGAAUAAGUGCCCUAGAGCAUCCCAUACAUUGCCAGGGAAGAUGGUGGCAAUUGAUUGUGAGAUGGUGGGCACAGGACCCAAGGGGCGUGUUAGUUCUUUGGCUCGAUGCAGUGUUGUCAACUACAAUGGUGAUGUGCUUUAUGAUGAGUACAUCCUUCCCCCCUGCUAUAUCGUGGACUAUAGGACCAGAUGGAGUGGCAUCCGCAAGAGCCACAUGGUGAAUGCUACACCCUUUAAGAUUGCUCGUGGUCAGAUCUUGAGGAUCCUCUCAGGGAAGAUAGUGGUGGGGCAUGCCAUCCACAAUGACUUCAAAGCCCUACAGUACUUUCACCCCAAGUCCCUCACUCGGGAUACCUCCCAAAUACCACUCCUCAACCGGAAGGCCAGCUGCCCAGAGAAUGUCACAAUGUCACUGAAGCAUCUCACCAAGAAGCUGCUGGACCGGGACAUCCAGGCUGGAAAAAGUGGACAUUCCUCUGUGGAAGAUGCCCAAGCUACCAUGGAGCUGUACAAGUUGGUUGAAGUUGAAUGGGAACAGCAGCUGGCCCAGAAUCCUCCAAAAAAUUAGCCCCCCUGGGGAGACAUAUGCAAUAGAUCAACACACAGUUCUUGGAGCUUCAUGCCUGUACAACCUAGAAUUGUUAGGAAGAGAGGCUCAACCAGAGACUUAAUACCCAUUGAAAUUUCAUCUCAGCUAUUGUGUUUGCUGUGUGGUUAAAGUGUCCCAUGAAAGGAGAAAGCCUAGGAAGCCCAGCUCUAGGCCAGCCUGGUGGCCCAGGCCUAUGAUCCCAGAAACUUGGUAGGCUGACUCAGGUCACAAGUUCAAGGCCUGCAUAGGCUACACAGUCAAUUUAAGGCCAGUAAGAAAGAUCCUGUCCCAAAAAGUGAAAGAAGGCCAGGGAUAGAGCUCAAUGCUAAAGCACUUGCUAGCAUGCAUGAGCCCCUAGUGAUUGGGGGAUAGAACAUGACAACAUAACCAGCUCUAGACUUCACUUCUCAAUGGUGCUAACCAAUAGAUCCCAGGGUGCUUGUGCCAGUCAACUUUCCUGACAUCAAGGGGGCAGGGCACACCAGACAAUAUAGCUUCCCAUACUGCCUUUUCACUGGGACAUGUGUCAUAGAGCAAUUAUGGGAGGGUAAAGGGACCGUGUGUUGCCAAGGCUGGCCUCAAACUCUUGAGCUCAAAUGAUUCUCCUUUCUGAGCCUCCUGAGUAGCUGGGACUACAGCUGUACCACUAUGCUUGGCUUUUCAGAUUUUACUGUUUUAUUCUCAAGUAAUUAAUAGUGUUCUUCCACCUUUAUACAAGUGUCUUGGUUAAAACCAUAGUGGAUCAGCUCUGUAAUCCUAGGAACUCAGAAGGUUGUGGCAGGAAGAUCAAAAGUUCAAGGCCGUCCAGAGCUACAUAGAGAAACUUAUCUUCAAAAA